AAGAUUACAGCAUUCCCAGGAAGCAUAAUAAGCCUUACGGCGGGCAUCAUCAGUAUCACACUAGCAUCUGCUGCACCAUGACGUCGCUAUCUUGUCUUCUGAUCGUCUGCAUCUCAGUCAUGAAUUACGCCCCUUCGGCUGCUUUCUGCCUCCAGUACAUGUCCUGUUACAACGAGGCCUUCGUGAUCUACGACAAACUCGAAAUUCACCACGAGGACCACGAGGUGAGGUCAGCCACUGUCUGCGCAGGACUGUGUCUGCGGGAAGACCCAGAGACGCCAAUGGUCUUUGUGAAAGUGAUCGAGAUGAAUGAGCGCCUCGUGUGUGGUUGUGGUGACGAGACUGCCCUCGGGAACCGCUCGGGCACGCUGAACGAUUUCUUCUACUGCAAAAAAUGCCCCGACAGCGAAGAGAAAUGCGGCGGCAUGAGCUCCAUCAGCGUGUACCUUAUAUUGCACAAAUGUGACGAGCCAAGAACGACCGUGGAACAAAAAACAACUCCUUCGACCACUACUAAUGCUACAGAGGCUACUACAAAGGAAACAACACUGCCAUCGACCCAGGAAGACUUACUUCUCGUAGGCUGCUACAGAGACAUCAACGUGACACAAGUGGAACUCACUUACCUGAGCGACCCAGAGGCAACUGUAAACGCCUGUGCUACAACCUGCAGCAGAAAUUACCCUGAAAAGGAACUGUAUAUGGUUAAAUACAAUGGGACUGGCCUACUUUGCGGAUGUGGGCACGAGUCAUCCCUCAGUGAGUCGUCUCAAACGCCAGAUUCCGAGUGUGACUUUCGCUGCGGUGACUCAUCCCUCCCCUGCGGCGGGCGAGACUCCUUCAGCGCCUACAGGAACACAGGCUGCGUCGCUCGGAUGCCGUGGUCACUUCUGCUGUUCCUUGCUGCUGUUUUGACGAUCAGUUGUUAAUUUUUUUAU